GGCGUCGCACGCAUUCGUAACGUGCCUCGGCAUCGCAUGGCGGUGACAGGCGGCCAUCCCGUUAGCAGACGUAAAACCAACCUUGCUCGGGUUUGAGUGCAUGGGGAGAUCCACCAGACUCACAUGCAUGGCACAUCAUUUGUAAGCGGGCGAUAAUCGAAAAAGUUCCAAUGACGAUCGUUUUGCAACAUAACUACGAAGCUAUAUGUACUCGUCCACCUUCCCACGGAUUUGAUUCUUCCAUUCACUUCCCCAAUCUCUACUCAUCCACAUCCCGUCAAAAUGGUUCAAAACAAGGCCCUCAUCUUCAAAGAAGCCCCCACCGCCUGGCCCGAAAUCGGCAAGCACCUCAAGGUGGAGAGCUCGGAUUUCGACGUCGACCAAGCCCCUCCGUCCGGCGGAAUCACCGCGAAAGUCAACUAUGUCUCUUUUGACCCCUACCAGCGAGGCCGCAUGCGAAAGCCAGAAAUCAAAAGCUACUCCCCGCCCUUUGAACUCGGCAAGCCCGUGACCAACGCCGCCAUCGUGACCGUCAUCAAGAGCGACAAUUCCAAGUUCAAGCCCGGCGACGUCGUCAAAACCUUCACUUCCACCGGGGAGUACACUGCGAUCAGCAAGGAGGAGCUCGAGGGCUCGGAAGUCCUCGACAACCCUUACAACCUCGACCCCUCCGUGUUCAUCGGCGCGCUCGGCAUGCCCGGCUUGACGGCCUAUUCUUCCCUCCACGAAAUCGGACAGCCGAAGAAGGGCGAGACGAUUUUCAUCAGCGCCGCGUCGGGCGCUGUGGGAGCGGUGGUGGGCCAGCUGGCCAAGCGGGAGGGCUUGAAGGUCAUUGGCAGUGUGGGGAGUGAUGAGAAGUUGAAGUUCAUCACCAACGACCUCGGCUUCGAUGGCGGCUUCAACUACAAGAAGGAGAAGGCGUCGGAGGCUUUGGAGCGUCUGGCUCCCGACGGAAUCGACAUUUACUUUGAGAAUGUCGGAGGCGAACAACUCGAGGCAGCCAUCGCGGCAUGCAACCAACACGCCCGCAUCAUCGCUUGCGGCAUGAUCUCGCAGUACAACGUGCCCCCGGCGGAGGCGUACGGCGUGCGCAACCUCAUGCAGAUCGUGGGCAAGCGCAUCCGCUUCCAAGGCUUCAUUGUGAGGGACGAUGGGUUUGGACCGAAAUGGCACAAGGAGCAUCAGGAGAAUGUGCAGAAGUGGAUGCACGAGGGCAGUUUCAAGGCGCAGCAGCAUGUGACGAAGGGCAUUGACAAUGCUGGCGAGGGCUUUUUGGGCAUGCUUAGGGGGGACAACUUUGGCAAGGCGGUGCUGGAGGUUAGUCCGUUGUAGGUGACUAGACAAGAAACGUUGACGAACCUGUUGUUGAUGCCGACGGGUGUGUGUCGAGUCUAAUUGUC